UGGACCUCUGUGGGGCGGGGAAGGGGACCGGACGGGAAGCGAGCUGCGGAGGAGCUGCAGGCCGCCGGUGCGUGCCCAGAAGGCGGGGAGCUCGGCCCGGCCCGCGCCCCAGCUCCGCGCGCUGCAGGUGGAGCCCUCCUUCCCCGCCGAGCGCGCUGGCGAGGGGCAUCCGCUGCCCGCAGCUCGCCCGCCGUCCCCGGGCUGCGCGGCGGCGCCUCGCCCAUGGCUGAGGGCCGGCGGCGGGAGGACGAGGAGGAAGAGCUGCGAGAGCGUCGCGAGCUUGGGGGCCCGCGCCGCGCUCGGAGCCGCGCGCUCCCGGGCCACUCGGCUGCAGAUCGCAACGAGCGGCAUAAGCCAGAGCAUCGUUCUUCCAGCCAAGGACCCCUGUCAUCCAUUAGAGCGGUAAUCAAGAGAUCUUCUCGGACCUGUAUUCAGAGUGAGCUCCAUCGGGACCGGAGGCGCCCAGAGAUCACCAUCGUGGCAGCGGAGCCACUGAGGCCGACCUCGUGGUUUCCAGGAGCUCCACCUCCAGGCCUGGGAUUUCCCUCCACGCCUGGAGCAGGCCCUUGGAGACCGAAUGACUUGGUUCCUGCUGAGCUCCCACCCUCCUACGAACAAGUGAUAAAAGAAAUCAACCAAGUCCAGGUCAACACCACAAAUAACAAUAAUGCUGCUGCCACUCCAAGGAACACUAUCACCUCUGCGACACAGACGGAUUUUCCGGAGGACAUAGACAGCGACCCACCUCCAACACUACAGGCGCCUCUAAAGCCUCUCCAGCCGUCACCCGCAGCCUCAGCUGGUAACCUCCCCCCAAGUGUGGCACCUUUAAUCGUCUUCGAUAUCUGUGAAGAGCAAAAUUGUCCUGAAAACCCUAGUGCUACAAGAUGUCCAGUGCCAAGACCAAGAUCAAAAAGCAACCUCAGACCAGUAGCUAAGGAUGCUAACAGUAAAGAGAAAAACAUCCAGAAAAGCCCAGUGACCCCCAGAGAAGACUGGCCACCCCAGUGUCUACUGGACAGCACCUGCAGUUUAGAUAGUCAGGCAGUGAUGAACAUUAUGAACACAGAACAAAGCCAAAAUACUAUUGUUUCCAGGAUCAAAGCAUUUGAGGAUCAGACAAACCCAGAAAUCCCAGGACUGCCCAAGAAACCCGAGAUUAUUCCCCGCACGAUUCUCCCGAAGCCUGCUGUUUCCUCGGGGAAACCCUUAGUGGCGCCCAAGCCAGCUGCUAACAGAGCUUCUGGAGAAUGGGACACAUGGGCCGAAAACAGGCUCAAGGUGACUUCCAGAGAAGGGCUCACCCCAUACUCAUCGCCACAAGAAGCCGGUAUCACCCCAGUAACCAAACCUGAAUUGCCAAAGAAACCAGCUCCUGGCCUUACACGAAGCGUGAACCAUGAGACUUCUGGAGGAAGACCCAUGGCCGAGAGCCCCGAUACGGGGAAGAAAAUCCCAACUCCUGCUCCCCGGCCUUUGCUGCCGAAGAAAUCAGCCUCCACAGAUGCCCCACCGUACCCUUCGGUUCCACCGAAACUGGUUUCUGUCCCACCUCGACUCUCAGUAGCAUCACAAGCCAAAGCAUUCCGCUCACUUGGAGAAGGGCUGCCAUCCAAUCCCCCAGUUCCAGCUCCGCAGAGCAAAGCCCUGGGGGACAUCGACCUCAUCAGCUUUGACGAUGACAUAUUGCCCACCUCGGGGAGCCCAGCUGAAGAACCCAUUGGUUCUGAGACGGUUCUAGAUCCCUUUCAGCUCCCCACAAAAACAGAAGCAACAAAAGAAAGAGCCUUUCAGCCAGCGCCCACCAGGAAGCCUACUGUAAUACGAAUCCCAGCCAAACCAGGAAAAUGUUUACACAAGGAACCACAAAGCCCACCUCCUCUUCCUGCCGAAAAGCCAGUUGGGAAUACUCACAGUGCAGUGUCUGGAAGGCUCAGUCACUCUGACAGAACUAGAAACCCAGAACUGGAGCAAGCCAGUGAAUCAGGAGGCUUGGUACAAGGAACCCCCAGGUUGCCACCAAGACCUAUACAUGGAAAAGCCAUUCCAGUUUGGAAGCCUCCCUCCAAAGGGGCCCCCGAGAGACCACCACCCCCUAAGCUUUCCACAUCCAAAUCAUCAAAUAAAAAUCUGCCUUUUACCCGCUCCUCCUCUGACAUGGAUCUUCAGAAGAAGCAAAGCCACUUGGUAUCUGGACUCUCAAAAGCCAAGAGUCAAAUCUUUAAAAACCAAGAUCCGGUGCUACCCCCUCGUCCCAAACCGGGACACCCUCUCUACAGGAAAUACAUGCUGUCUGUGCCUCAUGGAAUUGCCAAUGAAGACAUUGUCUCCCAAAACCCCACGGAACUCUCUUGUAAGCGUGGGGAUGUACUUGUGAUCCUGAAACAGGCAGAAAAUAAUUACUUGGAAUGCCAACGGGGAGAAGGCACCGGCAGAGUCCACCCAUCCCAGAUGAAGAUCGUCACUCCCCUUGACGAGCGCCCGAGAAGCAGACCUAACGAUUCAGGCCACAGUCAGAAGCCUGUAGACAGUGGUGCUCCUCACGCUGUGGCUCUUCACGAUUUCCCAGCAGAGCAAGCUGACGAUCUGAGUCUCACAUCUGGAGAGAUUGUUUAUCUUCUCGAAAAAAUAGAUGCAGAGUGGUACAGAGGGAAAUGUAGGAACCAGACUGGCGUCUUUCCUGCCAAUUACGUCAAAGUCAUUGUUGAUAUUCCAGAAGGAAGAAGUGGAAAAAGAGAAUCCUUUUCAUCUCACUGUGCUAAAGGCCCACGAUGUGUCGCUCGGUUUGAGUAUAUUGGAGACCAGAAGGAUGAGCUAAGUUUCUCAGAGGGAGAAGUCAUUAUUCUCACAGAGUACGUGAAUGAAGAAUGGGGCAGAGGAGAGAUUCGAGACCGGAGUGGGAUCUUCCCCCUGAAUUUUGUGGAGCUUGUUGGGGAUCACCCCACAUCUGGUGCAAAUAUUUUAAGUACAAAGAUGCCACUAAAGACCAAAAACGAAGACCCUGGUUCAAGUUCUCAGGACAGCAGCCCUCCUGGGGAAUGGUGCAAGGCCCUUCACAGCUUCACAGCAGAGACCAGCGAGGACUUACCCUUCAGACGCGGAGACCGGAUCCUGAUCCUUGAACGUCUAGACUCCGACUGGUACCGGGGCCGACUGCAUGACAGGGAGGGCAUCUUCCCGGCAGUGUUUGUGCAACCCUGCCCAGCUGAGGCAAAAGGUGUGGCUUCCGCAAUACCGAAGGGGAGGAAGGUUAAAGCCCUGUAUGAUUUUCUUGGGGAGAAUGAAGAUGAACUCUCUUUCAAGGCUGGAGACGUAAUAACGGAGCUGGAGCCCAUAGAUGAUGCCUGGAUGCGUGGAGAACUAAUGGGAAGAGCUGGGAUGUUUCCCAAAAACUACGUUCAGUUUCUACAAGCCAGCUGAUGUCUCCCAAAAACUAUGUUCAGUUUCUACAAGCCAGCUGAAGGUGAAGCUUGCCUGUUGCCUGGCACGAGAACUCACUUGAACACUCACUUUGACUAUCAGAUAUUUGCACUAUUUUUUUUUAACAGAAAGAAAAGUAUCUAAGAUGUACAUGGUACACUAGAAUUUCUGAGGGCAGAAAACUUGUAGGUUUUAUCACUUAGCUUCAUUCGUAGUGGAAAGGUGUACAUAGAACCCGAGAGUGAGGAGGUCAGCAGGGAAGCGCUAACGGGGAUGGCAGGCGAUGCAGCUCCCCUGGGAAAGACAGCAUCGGGGUGCAGGCAGCAUGGGUCAGCUAACAAGCAGGAACUGGACUCAGACACCUGUUCCCAUCAACACACCGAAUUAACCAUGCUUCUUCGUUUUCUACUUUAGUUUUAAAAAGCGGACGUUUGACAUUCUACAUGCUGUAACUAUCAGGAUAUGGAUGGUAAUCUGAACUUCGUUUUUGAUAUUCAAAUUAACUCUUAACAGCUUGAGCACAUUAGUCUUCGUCCCAGGGCAAAAUCUUGCUGCAGGACAGAUAGUUUGGUAAGGAGUGGAACAUUUACAAGCCCAUGGGGAGACAAGCCUGUGUUUCCCCCAGGUGCUCCUUGUGUUUCCCAGCAUUCCCCAUUUGUCCAGGGACUUGAAGGGGUCAAAAGAACCAAAACCAUCCCUGAGAUGCCUUGCUAAUACAACUAACCCCUCCACAGACAUGCCACAACUUACCUCUUCCUCAGUGUAUGUAUACUUCAUGUUAACAGGGUUAUUAUAAAGCACAUUUUCUGAAUCUGCAAUCAUUCCUUUGACAAUUACUGGAACCCAAAGGAAAACUCAUUUUCUUUGCAUUACCCCAGUAAUACAUGAAAGCUGUGUCUUGUCAUAGUGGUACAUUAUGAAUCUUGGAUAGUAUCUUAGAUUACAGAGCAAAUGGUAAGAUGAAGAACAGUACCAAGCCCCCCCCCCCUAGCUCAUUUCUUCUCAAUAUAAUCAGAUGUUAACAUAAGAGGCCUGAAGGCUGGCCGCCCCAUGCCCAACGCAUCUCUGCAGUUAGCGGAGUAAAUACAAGAUCACUUUCCUGUCAUCCAGCGUCACAUGUUCUGAGUUUCAAAAGUGGCUCUUGUGUGACUGAAUCAACUACAGUUUACAAACUAAAGCCAAAUACUUUGAAGACAAUCCGAUGGACCAGUGGCUUAACAUUUCCCUGGAGAUGUGAUGCACUCUCCAACAGGGUCCAUGGCUUUCUUCUGUUUUCAAGAAGAGUUCCAUAUGCUGGACCAGUUCUUUGUUGUCUUCCCCAUUAUCCAAAACCUGGGCAUCCGGCGGUUUCCUGAAUAUGUUGCUUCUCUAAGGGAAUAUUUACUUUGUUUUCUACUAAAGUUCCUAUCCCUGGCAUAUGAUUGCACUUGAUUUUGGCGUUUAAGGUCUGGGGUUUCUCCUAUAUGUUUUCGGUUAAGCGGAUUUAAGGAAAAUCAUUGUAGGUUCUCACUCAUGUUAGUUUUACGAGAAUGGGAUGACUUAAGUGUUAUUCAGACUAAAUUCUCUUUGGCAGCAAGCCAUACAAAAGCAAGAAGCGGGCAGGGGUGUGGAGAGGGGUAUGAAGUGUGUCUUUGCCUGUGAGAUUUCAACAUUUAAUAGUGAAGAUUCUGAACAACCUAUCUUUAUUGAAGAAAAGAAAAAUCCCUCUUAAACAUUGGCUCUCUGUAAGCAGGAUAAGUGCAAUAGUUGUGUAUCUACUUGACACCAUAAUAAACUGAACUCAACUUUUCAA